AUGGGUCAAACACUUUCUGAACCUGUAACAUCAAAAGAUUCUGAAAAAGUAGAGAAUCAUUUAUAUUCAGUCGGAAGUAGUAGUAUGCAAGGAUGGCGUAUAAAUAUGGAAGAUGCACAUACACAUAUUUUAUCUUUACCAGAAGAUAAAAGUUGUGCAUUUUUAGCUGUUUAUGAUGGUCAUGGAGGAGCUAAAGUAGCACAACAUUCAUGUAAACAUUUACAUACACGUAUUGCUAAUCAACAGGAAUUUAAACAAGGAAAUAUUGAAACAGCUAUAAGAAAAGGUUAUAUUGAAUUUGAUAGAGAAAUGGCUUUAGAUGAAGAAAUGCGAGAAGAUUUAGCAGGAACAACAGCCAUUUGUGUUGUAAUUAAAGAUGAUAAACUUUAUUGUGGAAAUGUUGGUGAUAGUAGAGCAAUUGCUUCAAUAAAUGGUAAUGUUGAAAUGCUUUCAACUGAUCAUAAACCAAAUAAUGAGGAUGAAAGAAAACGUAUAACAGCUGCUGGUGGUUGGGUAGAAUUUAAUCGUGUUAAUGGAAAUUUGGCUUUAUCUCGAGCUCUUGGAGAUUUUAUAUUUAAACGAAAUACGGAUAAACAACCAGAAGAACAAGUUGUAACUGCGGCUCCUGAUGUUGUUGUCAAAACAAUGAAUGAUGAUUGGGAAUUUAUAUUACUGGCUUGUGAUGGUAUUUGGGAUGUGCUUAGUAAUGAAGAAGUUUUAAAAUUUGUUCGAACACGAGUAGCUCAACAAAUGCCACCGGAAAUGGUAUCACACGAUUUUAUUUAUUUCUUUUUAGCAUAG